AGACUAGUUUGGUGAGUUUCUCCGCGGGAGACUGACGCUACUACGGUGUGCUCGUGAUGGUGCUUUGUCAUGACUCAUGUGUAAAUACUCAGUGACCCUUCUCUUGUUAACUUGUUACACUGAAACUAACAAAGGGUGGAGGCGUGCAGGAGGCCUCAGACAGGAGCGGUGUACAGCCUGGCGGGGUGGGCCCUGGCAGGAGGCUGUAGUAGUAGUGGUGGUGGCCGCAGUUCAACAGGGAGAGGGCCAUCCUCACCCAUGUCAACACAAUGUUCAAGGGCAUAAAGAAACGCUUCAACUCCUCCAGGUCAGGUCGCGGCCGGAAGAGUGAGAGAAGCCCCCCACCAGGCGAUGUCCCGUCCCUCGACACCCCCGACCGCAAGUCCGCCUCCCCCAGACAGGUGCACCCAGCGGACUUAGUGGUGUCUGCCGCCCCGUACGCCCGCAGGAGCCUGGAGCGUGGUGGGGGGCGUCUCUCACCCUGUAAGUCCCCCUCCUCCUCCUCCACCACCACCACCACCUCCUCCCCCACCACAAACACCACCACCACCACCACCAUCACCACCUCCGCCUACCCCACAGCACCAAACCUCUGUGUUACUGGCGGGAAAAUAGAGUUUAUUACGCCUCCAGAUUCUACGUUGUCCUCGACGGCGUCUCGGUGCUCUACGCUUAAGCUGUCUCCCUCCACUCACCGCGAGGACGUGUGCCCAAGGUCUGCUGUCCCCGCCCCCGCCCCUGGCCACGCCCCCGACCACGGGGAUCAUGGCACGCCGCCCUCCAGCCUCUCCCGCAGCUCAGGGUCCUCCACGGGCUCCAAGGAACACUGUCUGAAGAUUUACUCAGUAGAGGCUGAUGACAAUGAGGAAGGACAGCCUGUGAGAAACACCUUAGUGGAGGCUGCCAGUCCUCGCAGGAACAAGCACCACAAGCAACAGGAGUUAGAGGACAGCUCACAUGCACGCAGCCGCCACCAGAAGAAUAACGGUGGUGUCAUGGAUUCUGGUCAGAAGGGUUCUGACGGGCACCAAGUGGAAGAGCUGCGUCAGGAGAAUGAGGAGGUGAAGCAACGACUCUCUAACCUCCAGCAUGAAUUUAUUCUGCUGGAGGAGCAGGUUCAAGUGCUGGUGGCAGAGAGGCGGAUAGUGGAGGAACAACAGAGAGCGGAGAAGGAGGCCCAGGAGCAGGCGUACACCACCAAGCUGCAGCAGUACCAGGCCACCAUCGCUGCCCUUGACCAGUGUACUGGCAUUCAGCCCGAGGGGCCUCCCAUACCACAGAGCAAGGAUGAAGAGUGCCACCCCCAGCAGGAGGCCUUUAUUAGUAAUGACUCUGUUGUGCAGAUGUUAGCUGACCGCUGUCAAACUCUGGAACAAGCCAACAAACGACUACAGAACGAAGCUCGUGCUCAGCAACGUCAGUACGAAGUUUGCCUGGACCGCGUCGCCACUCAAGUUGUUCAGGCACUUCUCUCCCAGAAAAGCCACCAGGAGCAGUGUAUCAAGCUGGCCCACCAGGUGCAGGACUUACGGCGACAGAACGCUGCGUUGUCUUCCCUGGUGGGUCCUACAGGGAUGCGUCAGACUCUGCCUUGUUCCCACCGACACCGUUGUCCCCCAGCGGCUCCUCCCACCAAUUUUUUCAGCCUUCCAACGACACUUAGAAGAAACAGACAGCAGCAGAGUGAAGCGUGGCCACAGGAGGGUUGGGUCGCCUCGUGGCACGUCGAGGAGAGCAGCAGGAGCCACUUGGGCGACCACAACUCCUCUCAGGGUCAUUUUCACUCCAGCCUCCAGAUGUUGUCUGAUGCCAGCAUCCCGACCUCCCUCAACCUCACAGACCACAACACCACCACUUCAAGUAGUGUUCGACUAGGAGAAGACUGUUACACCCCUCAGGAGAGACUGGCCUCUACCACAACCACAGUUACCACGGCAAACUCUACCACAACCACCUGUUGGUAUGAUAUUAUCACCUCCCUCAGUGCAGCCAAUUCUCCUCAGGGUACAGCUGUUGCCAGUAACCUAGACACAGUGCUGAAUCCCAGACUAAGUGAUGGUGUAAGUGUGUGGAGCCAGUCUGACCAGGUGAUGUGUGAGGCCGGGAGUGCAAGUACCAGCAGUAGCAGCAGUUCUGACUCCCCAGUUCAGUCUUCUUAUCAUUCACACACAGUAAUAUUCUCAAGAGAAACUGGAGACAGUUCUCCUCCUAAUGGGUGUGAGAGACUGGAGGAAACUAGAGGGUGCGUCACCCCUCCUCCGGCCACUAGCAAGUUCUCUCCACUCUCUCUGGAAUCAACAGUCACUUGUGACAGUAAUUCGCCUGAGCAGAAGAAUUGCCAAGUAUUUCAAGCAAAAAUUGAUAACCUUGCCUUUGAUAAAUCAAAGAUAACAGUUGUCCAUGAGGAAGAGUUGCUGAGUAAUUCUCCAAAUGAAAAGAAUGCAAAUUUAGUAGUGAAUAAUGUAAAUACAGAUGAAAUUUGUAGUAUUCUUCAAGUUAAGGAAAAGUUGAUGAAAUCCUUGACAGAGUCAACCACGAAUGAGUUCACCAUUGAUUUAUCAGUAUUAUCGUGCGAGGAAAAAAACAAAGGAGUGUUGAACAAGAAUCUCACCAAAGUCGGCACAAAGAAUACAGGCAACGAGACCAGCCCGGGGGAAGAGGGGACCACCAAGGACGAGGGCUACUCCACCAUGUCCAGUGACGUACAGGCGGACGUGAAGGACAGCAUCACCACCUGUACUGUCACUACUGUACAGGAGGAACCUCUUCUGGCACCUACACCAGUUGACUUCUCAGACCAAGGCUCUACAAACACUGUGAGAGAAAACCUCUCCAGGAAAGGGUCCAAUAAGAGUGAUAAUAAUUCCCUAGAGAAAACUUUAGUUAAGGAGAGAAAAAUUUCUUCUGCAGGAAACAGCGAGUACUGUGACGGCCUCCGUGUUAUAUACGACGAGGAGGACAACAACUCGGAUGUAUUUUUUAUACCCAUUCAAGAACCAGAAAAUGAGAGUUUGUACAGACAUAGUUACCACAUACCCUCGAGUGUAGAGAGAAAUAAACCGGUUCGUUGUUAUUCUGAUUCUCAGUUAUAUUUAGAGAGAAGAAGUGCUCGUAAUCCUAAACCGAGGACUAGCUUAGAGAGACACGUGUCGGAAAAAGAUCUGGCGGAGAGAUCUCCGUCGACGGAAGAAGUGUUAGAAGAGGCAAAUAAAAAUAGGAGCUUAAAACGGGUGUCGGGACAAGCCAGCCUCAAGAGGAGUCGAAUGUAUGCAAAAGAAGAACACACUACCUCGCACAGUAGUGAAGAACUGUGGCCUUUAGAAGACAACCAGAGAAAAUAUCUCUCUCCUACGUACAGUCACGCAGAACUGGAGGACUGGUCAUUAGACUUAUCUUCAGAGUAUCUUAGUGGGGUGUGUGGGGAGGGGGAAGGAAGUGAGAGUGUGGGAACCAGCGGUGCCCAUCAUGGCUCUCUGCCGUCCAUCCAGGAGGCGACCCCGGAGUUAGAGGAAGACAAUAAUGAGUUCCUCUGGAAUGGUGCUACCUACUUUAAAGCAGAUUUAGAUUUAAAUUGGUCGAGCAAAAAAGAGCUGACAAAAAGUUGGCAACUAGAUCAUUCUAAGGAAAAUCAUAUAGUGUUAUCUCCCAGAUCAGGGUGUUCUGAUCAGCCGGCUGUGUGGUCCAGUAGUGAGCAGCUUUCGUGUUGUUCUGAAGGUGUGUCAAAGUGCAGUUCUGACUUUGAAAACUUUUGUGAACAAAUCUGUAACCUGCCAGAACUGAAGAGAGUUUCAUUUUGUAGCAGUGAAGCGGGCGGUCAGGAAGCGUCAAAGGCUGCCAGCCAGGAAACAUCCAGCGUGGGAGAGCACGAGGACGAGCUGGCAGACGACGUGUGCGUUGAUACUGUUUUUACUAGAGAUUUCUACCGCCUUGUUAAGUUUGAAAGUAAUAAGAGUCUAGCAGCAUCAUCCAAGAGCUUAGCUACAUCUGAUGGAUUAUUAACUAUUGAAAAGUUGCAAGACUUGGAAUCAGGAGGAACACACAAAGAGGCUUUAGCUUCUGUCCUGGGCUUUAUUGCAGAACAACAAAAGUACUGUGAAGAAAGAGAAGCACAAGAUGAAAAAGUUACAAGUCAGUCUAGAGAUGUAUUAAGACUUGCAAAUACAUUAGACAGUUCGGGCUCUCCCUUAGCGUCAGUUGUGUUUCGCGGGACGUUUCCUAAAAUAUCUCCGAGAGAAGGUUCUAGUGAUGCGUGUAAUAGUGCUGAUGACUUUUCUAUGAGAACAUUACCGUCGUUACAGUGGAAACCUAGCAAGAGAGAUUCAUUCAAGACCAAAGUUCCCCCUCCUGUCCCAGCAAAACCAAAAUGUUCCCUUCAUCAAGACCCCUCAAGAGGUGCUCCUAGCAGCAGUAAUUGCAUUCCUGCCAGAUGUCCUGCUACUACUACUACGCUUCCUUCCCUCCCAGUUGUGCCACCUACGACCCUCCCAGUCUUGCCGACCACUACCCCGUCAGUGCCCUUUGUGCCUUCCCGGUCAUCUAGUUUGGCCCCUCAUCAGGUUAUACCUGCUUGUGAAGUGGAGGUGCCACUCUCACAUGUCCUCAAGGUGCCCAUCAGGAGUGCCUCGCACCUUCCUGGUACAAACUCUGUCACCGAGCAACAAACUUCUAGUACAGUGUCAGAUGGACCGUGUCAACACCUUCCAGUACCUGACCAGUGUAGCAGUGUAGCCACUCCCCCGGCAGUAGGUGGUCCCCCGGUGCCCCGCCGUUCAUCUAGCAUGGCCUUCACUAGUAAUGUAUUACCAGUUCCCGAGCAUAAGGUGUCUUUAACCGAUUCUCCUCCAGUACCAAAGCGCAUAACGAGCAGAGCACUGCCCAAGCCUCCUGCAUCACAGCCGAGCUCCUUAUUAAUUAAACAUAAUUCUAAUGGUUGUAACAAACCUCUCGGGGGCAGCUUGGAAGGUAAACGGCGCAGUUUCAUCAAAGAGACAUUGGGGCUGUCUAGUCCCAGGAGACCACAGAGUGAUUACUGUGAAUUGCCCAGCCUGAGUGAAAAUCCUUCAGGGAUGUUGGAGGAGUUACAGAGGAUGGCAAAGGUAGAGGAAGAGGAGGACAAGAAGAGAAGGUUGAGACCCGAAGGCAACAGCGGGCAAGAAGCCACCAGUCCAGGAGACACUGUUGGGCUGGGUACUGGCUGGGUCAGGGUACAGCCUCAUAUAGAUCUCCAGGACCCUCAGGCUCGAGCUAACCUCUUGGACGGAAUGAUGGAGUCGAGUGAAGGCUGCAGCUCAGAGACGGAGGAGGACGAGGUGGCGGGCCAUCACUACUCACAGCUCAGGUCUAUGCAUCGCAGCAGACGAAAACGCAAGGCAUCACAUCGUAGUGGUAACGGCCGAAUAAUUAUCGGAGGUGGAGCCCCUCGUCCCACUGUCAUUGGCCGAAAAGACUUGUUUGUAAGAUUUGGAGAGCAAGAGAGGGCAGCCCUGCAAGAAUUUGAAUUUCUUUGUGAUUUUUCCACCUCCCACUCUGAUCUGGGCUCCCAGGACCUGUGUGUGUCUUCUAGUGGAGCGACGAACAUGGUGACUACUGUCAGUACCUCUGUGCCACCACCCUCAUGUAUCUCGGCACUCCCUCACUCAACUAGGAUUACUGGUGCUGUUUUGCCUAAAGUAGAAAGUAAUUUAUUGAAAAAACACAUAAGUAAUAUUGAAGAGAAAAACAGAACUGUGAAAAGUGACAUUAGUGGAUAUAAUCGUAGUGGUCAAAGUCGGACCGAUGAACAGGAGGGUGUGGAUACUCGCAGUAUUGGUAGUGUCAAGAGUGCUAUAUGGCAGCUCAACAAGGUGAAUCAUAUCUCAGGAAUCAAACAACCUGCCACUAUGCCUACCAUCCCAGCUAGAAGUGCUUCCAGUAUAAGCAGUACCAGAGCCAAUCACCUAAAGUCCAGUUUCCCCAUCAGUACAAACAAACCUCGGGCAUGGACCCAUUUUAAGAGUAGAGUGAGUGACGGAAACAUCGGCGGAGCCUCCAAGUGUAGCGUUAGACGAGGGAACUCGCCAUCCAGUAGGACACCUUCUCCUCAGCUUAGUGUAAAGGACAAUAAAGGUAUUAGUAGUAAGUUCCCCGGUGCAUCACAUGGCUCUGUUGAGAGACCACAGGGCAGUAACUCAAAGACGGGCUCCCCAACACGUAUCCCACGUAUCCAAACACCUCUCAUGUCUUCCAAAAAAUCAACAGCCGAAUCUCCUAAAUCACAGAAAGAAGAUUCUUCCCCUAAAGACUCUUGCUACGAAUCCACAAAAAAAGUGAAAUCCCAGUGUGAAAAGGCAUUGCCACCCAAAGGCUUCUCAAGUCGAGCAGUCAAGCCUUCUCGUAUACGUUCAACUAUUCAACUGCGACAACAGCAGCCAAAUCUUCAACAGCAGACUAACAGGAGUGGCAUUAAAAGUCCUAGAUUAACCAGACUAAAAAAAGCAGCCGACCCAUUAGAUUCCUUCAAUGGCAAGUCUCUGUGUGACAGUGGGUCUAGCGAAGGCUCGGAGCGUUGUGGGGGUCGGCUUUCCCUCAGUGACUCCUGUGCUGAAAACUUCUCUCCAAUUGAUAGUGGAGAUGAAGUUUUCGAUAAAGAAUACUAGCCGGCUUAUCAGCUUGUUAUUCAGAAGACUUGAAUGUGUGAUGCCAUUGUGCUCUGCCAGAUAUGGUGCUUUGUGGGGUUUAUUUAAAGGGAGCACAGAUUGUUUUUGUUUUUUUGUUUGCACUGUGCAUGAUCACCUUUAUCAAGUUUUGUGUUAUUUUAAGUAGCUGUGGGGUAUUUAUUUCUUUAAUUUAUUUUUAUUGUAUUCAAAUGUCCAUGGAUAAGCACAUUCCGACUACUUUGCGACCAUGACAAUAUUUCCCAAUAACAUGCAUUAACAUUAUUCCAAAUACAGUAUAUAUAAACAGUAUAUAUAUAUAUAUAUAUAUAUAUAUAUAUAUAUAUAUAUAUAUAUAUAUAUAUAUAUAUAUAUAUAUAUAUAUAUAUAUAUAUAUAUAUAUAUAUAUAUAUAAUAUUAUUUUAUUUUUAUUUUUUUCCAUUUAUUAUAACCUGUUAAAGCUGUUGUCUUCCACUGUCUUCUCAUACUAAUAUGCUUAUGCUUCCCUGGGCUCACAUGACGUGGAAGAUUUGCCGAAAGCAACGAAGAUAGAUAACGGUGGCUUUUAUGAUUAUGUUCAAUAGAUCAUGGUAGUGUCUAUGAGAGAUUAAGAGACUGAAUAAUGUUAAAUGAUGAUGUAUCUCAACAGCUAGAGCAAUUGCUAGUCACUAUGGAGUUAGGGCACCUAUGUAGGGUUUAGGAAGGCGCAGAUCUGUGUCUUAUACAUGGAUGCAUUUAUGCAAUAAUUGACUUAAGUGUUAAUCAGCAUUUAACUACCUUAUUUGAUCAUUUGAAUCCUCUGAUAAUGAAUGUAGACUACUACAAGGGAUGUAGGACUGUGUUCCCUCAAGUGACCAGAUCACUGCUCUGUGUUGAGGAAGCUGCUAAUUGCUGCAGUCUUCCCCAAUGAUAGAUAUGCAAGGUGCAACUUCUUAAAACUUUAAUUAUAAACAUUUUGAUUCUUAAAUAUUUGAACAAAAGUAUUUGCAAAGAGGAAAAAAUUUACAUUGUGAAAGUUGUAAGGUAUGUAACUUGUAUGUCAGUAGGAAUACCUCAUAUGCUGGAGUGGCUAAUGUACUGAGUGUUGUAUAUAUAGUACUGUACUGGACCAGCUUUUAAGUAUUAUUCCAAAACUGUUAAGCUGAAGACUAAAUGAAGCUUUAGGUCCAAGAUGUGUUCAACCUCUUCAAGUUCAGGAAAAUAUAAUGCGCCGUGAAGGCCGUUUGGUCAUUGUUUCAAGGUAGCUUGCAUUUUGUAACUUCAAUAAAUUUAUGAAUAUG